AUGUCUGAACGAAAAGUUUUAAACAAAUACUAUCCACCCGAUUUCGAUCCAUCGAAAUUACCCCGUGCUAAGCGUUCGAAAAAUCGGCAAUUUACCAUUCGUUUAAUGGCACCAUGUAAUAUGAGAUGUAAAACAUGUGGUGAAUAUAUUUAUAAAGGUAAGAAAUUCAAUGCUCGAAAAGAAGAUGUGAUGGGUGAUAGUUAUUUGGGCAUUCAAAUCUAUCGUUUUUAUAUUAAAUGUACAAAAUGUUUACGUGAAAUAACAUUCAAGACUGAUCCGGCUAACGGAGAUUAUGAAUUGGAACAUGGUGCAAUGCGAAACUUUGAAUCGGUUCGACUUGCUGAAAAACAAGCAAAAGAAGAAGCUGCAAAAGUACUCGAAGAGGAAGCUCUCAAUCCAAUGAAACUAUUAGAAAAUCGAACACGCGAUUCACGACAAGAGAUGGCAGCUAUUGAAGCACUCGAAGAUAUUAAAGAAUUAAAUGCCCGUCACGCAGAUAUUAAAAUUGAACAGAUGUUAACUCAAAAACGUGAACAAGAAAAACAAUAUGAAUUGUUAAAGAAACAACUUGACGAGGAAGAAGAUGAAGCUGAAAUUAAACGAGUAUUCGGUAAAUCAAUCGUUAAAACCGAUCCUGAUGAGGAUAUGGAGAGUGAAGAAAUCAUUGAAAAAACUGAAGAAGAAGUACCCUUAGCACAAAGUACAACAAAACCAAAAACAACAAUUUCAUUUACUCAACCAUUUAAUGCUAAAAAGCAGUCAUCUAAAAAUCCAUUAGGUAUGAUAAUCAAGAAGAAAUCAACGACGACUGAGCCUAUUUCAAAACCACCGGCCGGCCUAUCUUCACUGCUCGCUUGUUAUGAUGACGACGAUAGUUCUUAA